UAGAAAAGUUCACAAAUGUUUGACACAAAGUCAAUGUUUUUCCGAUUCAAUGGAAAUUCACUAAACAUUUAAUCUAAUGAUAAGUCAUCUUAAGGUCACUCAAGAGAUAUAAAACCUCUUCUUUAGCCCUUAAUUGUCGUCAAAUCACUUGAAACUCAACCACUUUUGCCACUAAUUGUCUGCGAAUCGCAAUCCAUUCAAAUCUAAUCAUGAGUUCUCCCAUCAGAGUCUUAAUAACCGGAGCCGCCGGUCAGAUCGGCUACAGUUUGAUCCCAUUGGUGGCCAGCGGUCAGGUGUUUGGUCCCAAUCAGCCCGUUAUCCUCCAUCUGCUGGAUAUCGCGCCGAUGAUCGGUGUC